AUGAAGGCUCCAACAUUCGAAAAGAUGAUCCAGCGUGUCAUUGACAUCGUCGAACCAAUUCUCUAUGAGCACUAUGUUAUGCCUGUCAACAUGACCUGUCAUGUCCAACAAGGAAAGGCUUUUGCCAACUUUCCGUCAGCACUGUAUUGUACGAUUGUCAAGUUUCAGCCCUCGUAUCGACCUACUGGACGUUUCGACGAAGCCAAGCACUACUUCUCGGGAAAUCACAAGCUCUACGGUCUGAAGCUAGAGUACUCCGUUGCUUACCCCGGGGUUGCAGUCGAUAUGUCAAACCACACACCAGGCUCAGUUUCUGAUUUGACCAUUUUCAAGCAACGUCGGCAUAUCCACCAAGAAAUGCUUCGAAAGUUUGCGCCCGAAUUGGGCACGGUGGACCACGACGAUGGUUCCGACGAGUACCCAGACUCUUGA